AUGUACGAGACACCAGAUGUUGGGACUUACUCCUCCUUUGAAAAUAGCGAGGCUUCAAUGUCUACGGUCAAAGUCGGAGAGAAGCCAAAAUAUGCAUCUUGCUUUAUUACAAUGAUGAACUUGUUAAAUACUUUGGUCGGCGCCGAAAUUCUUGGUAUAGCCAACUCCUUUACCCUUUGCGGAUUAUUUGUUAGCAUUGGUCUUAUGGUUUGCACUGCUUUGCUUUCAUAUGCUGCUUCCAUUUUAGUAAUUCGUUUACAGAAUUUCACCGGUGGCCAAUCCAUUAACGAAAUUGCCACAAAAGUCAUGGGUAAAUGGGGUGGCACAGCCGUAUCCGUUCUCACGCUCUGUUUCACUUAUUCGGCUCAAGUUGCUUAUUUAGUUAUUGCUUCUGAAACAAUCGAGAAAUGGCUCUUACUCCUUCAUGCUGAUGCUUGGACCACUGGAUGGAGACGUGCUAUCGUUGUAUUCGGAUACGCCAUGGUUCUCCCAAUUGCAUUAACAAUUCCAAAGAAGAUGGAUUUCCUUAAUACAGCAUCAUCAAUAGCUAUUUUAUUCCUUACCGUUUUUGCAUGCGUUAUGGUUUACAAGGCUAUUGUCGUCUUACCAAAGCAAGGAUUCAAUCCUACAUGCGAAAGUGCUAUUUGGGGAUUGAACUUCUUCAAUGCACUUGCCAUCUAUGCUAUGAUUUUUGCCCUUCCGGCUAUUGUUUUACCUCUUCUCAACCCAUUCGAUCCAAGUAUCAAGAAGAGAUACUUCCUCAUGGGUUCUGCAUUCCUUACAUGCUUCACCAUCAUUCUUGUACCUUCCGUUUGUGGUUAUCUUAUGUUCGGAGCUUAUACAGAACAAAUUAUUUUCGGUUCCUUCGACAACAAGGAUAUUUUAAUUCAAGUCGUUCGCGCCACCUUCUUCUUCGUCGUCAACGCUUCAUUCCCUGUCGUAGGUAUCGCAGUCGUUACAGAUAUCUCAGCUCUUGUUUACAAAGUUCAUAAUCCAGCCGACUUGGACUGGAAGCGCCGUAUCAUUUGCUUACUCAUCGCCGAUGGCCCACCACUUGUUCUCGCUAUGGCACUACCUAAAGUACGUCCAGCGCUUGAAAUCGGUGGUGCAUUUGGUGGUUGCCUCACAAACUUCUUCUUCCCACCACUUUUGUACAUCGUUCAGUCAAAGAAGAAGUGGUAUCAUCCGACAAACUUACUGCUACUACUCUUUGUAACUUUCGGAUUUGUUUCAUCCGGAAUUGCUACAUACACUGCAGUUGAAGACUGCGUUCACACAUUUAAGGGUGGAGUUUAA